CAGCGCCCUGAACAUCAGUUGCAUGACCGUCAGGAACAGCAGUCUUCCCAGUGAGCUACAGGUUCAGCAGCGCAAUGGGCCGACAGGAAAGAAUAGCGCGAUCGAUCGUGCGGACAAUUCUCAAAGCGAAUGAGGGGAAGAGGCAAUCCAGCAGCCCCCUCGCAUUACUUCUAGCUCUCUUCUCUGCCUUCUUCUCCCUGUACCAGCUCGUGCUGCGCAAGGUUCGCCCCGCGGACUUUGCUAACCUUCGCCGGAGGCAUUGGGAUGUCAGCGAUGAUGAUUACGUCAGAUCGUUCCGGCCUGGCGAAGGCGAGGCGGGGGAAGAGGGUCUGAAGGCGAUCGGAGAUAUGGGAUUCUCAGGCUCGACUUUCUACUCCACCGCCGAUCAGAAGUACCUGGUCAAAUCUGUACCACGGCAUUCCGAACACUCAUUCUUCUGCGACGACCUCCUGACCCCAUACGUCCAGCACAUGGCAGCCAAUCCGCGGUCCCUUUUGGUCCGCAUCUGCGACUUUAUCUCUGCUUCUGGCCUUUCGCUAGGGCGCAUAUUUGGCUUCGCGCCCUCCCACCACAUCGUCAUGGACAAUAUCAUGUACGGGCGGGAGGAGGCCAAGAAGCGCGGCGAAGCGGAAUGGGAGCACUGGGAUCUCAAACCAACAUCGUAUUUCUACCCCGAGAGAGACAUUGCAGGCGGCGCCCUCACCAGUGAGGCGACCAAGAGUAAGCUCGCGGACGAGUUCCACGACAAGAUCGUACUCAGCCGGGAGCAAGCAGAGGACUUCUUCUCCAGUCUGGAUGCUGACACCAAGCUGCUUGCCGAGCACAAUGCUGUCGACUAUUCCCUCUUUCUCGUCCGGAUGAGCGCUCCCGGGCCAACUAUUGCCUCGGCAUCUUCGCCUGCGGAAUCAAGCAUGGUCCCGUCUCAACCACCAUCAGUUCCGCCGACUCCGCCGACAUGGAGGACGGGAGUUCGCUCGGCAGACGGGAAGUACAUCUUCCGCGCCUCCAUAUUAGAUUUCUUCUGGGCCAAGCACAAGGUCCAUGCUAAGAUGAUGACGCUCUUGAUUAAGCUCUGGAACGUCCUGAUCAGCAAGCAUGGCCCAAUGAGCAUCACCACCACGCCGGAUGACUAUCGAGAGAGAUUCCUGAAGAUGUGCAGAGGCAUCGUAGAGAUCAAAGAGUGAAAGGAAUGAGCUACACCGGCAUAAGAGAGCAAUGGAAGUAAACUGAAGUCCGGCGCUGUCAACUUCCUGUUUCAAAUGAACCUUCCUUCGAGACUUAGACUAGGCAAGCAGUUAUAGAUACCCUGGAUUCCUAUUACCAUCGCCUCUAGAAAUCUUGGCCCCGUCCUACGUGCCUUUUCCUGGUAUAGCCGUU